AUGGCAUUGAUGGAGAUUUUCGAGCCACCGAGGAGGCGUGCACACCACGCCAUCCGCGGUAUGGGAGGCGAGGCUCGUCUGGAUGAACCAGGGCGCCGACCCUAUUUCCGCCUUGGUCGCGUUGUGGACGGGGCAGUAGGUCCUAACGAUGUUAUACUGGAAUUCGUAAGGGGGAAUGUAGUCCGUCCGAACAGUGAGGUCAAUCAUGAUGGGCUCCACCCAUUCCUGACUCUCUGGCAGGGCCUUUGGCAAAGUGUGGCAUUUCCGGCCCGAGAGAAAUCCGCAGAUCCAGUGCCAGAAACAGCGACGUUGUGCACCGGGUGGCGGUGA